UAGUCUUGACACGCGAUCAUCAGUCAGCCCAAGUCCAUCACGAUCUGCUCACAGUUUCGAUACAUAACUUCUUUGUAUUGCAGACCAUUUCUAAACUUGCAGACACCAAGUAUAUUAUCAUCAACUAUUUCUUGGCGGUAUAUUUUUAUCUACUUUUUUACUUUUUGUUCAUCACAUUACCAUUAACUACGGCCAACUUACUAAGAAAACCAGAACUACUUCUAUUAUCCUCUAUUACAGUUUUCUCAAGAGGAAUAAGCAGAUCACUUGGACCUUAUUUUGGUGUUUCUGAAAAUAAGUAUAACAAAAAGAAGAACAUAAUGCCAGGUGAAAUAGAAGAAACAAAAACAAAAAGGGCGACGUUUGGAAUGGGUUGCUUUUGGGCAUGCGAUGCUCUUUUUGGCGUAACUCCAGGUGUAAUAAGGACUUGUGUCGGUUAUGCUGGUGGUACUCAACCAACACCAACAUACAAGAAAAUUGGUGAUCAUACUGAAGUUAUUGACAUUGAAUACGACCCGGAAGCUGUUUCAUUUAAUCAAUUGCUAACUCUAUUCUGGAAUAAUCAUGAAUAUGGUUUAACACGAAAGAUAAAAACUCAAUAUGCUUCUUUGAUCCUUUAUCAUGAUGAUGAGCAAAUGAGCAUAGCGGAAAAAUCUCGUGAUCAUGAACAACGUGAACGUGGAGAAGUCUUAGCAACAACUAUUAGAAAGUUUGAAAACUUUUAUCCAGCUGAAGACUAUCAUCAAAAAUACCGAUUGCAACUCCAUUCUUUCUUGGUUGAUUCAUUAGGUUUAACAUCUUCAGAGCUUCGAACAUCUUCAUUAGCUGCACGACUUAAUGGUUAUGUAGCUGGAGCUGCAUCUAUUGAACAAUUUGAGAAUGAUCCAUUGUGUCAGAGUCUUAAUGAAAAGCAAUAUCAAUAUGUCAAGAAACAUGUAAUCGAAAAUCAAGGCAAUGGUCUUUAUUGCUGAUUUACAAAAAAUUCACAUUUGGUGUUCUUUAUUGCAGUAUUGUUAUUUCCUUACAUAAAUUAUGUAUUUUUGACUAGGAUUAUUGUAAGAAAUUUCUUAAAAUUUCAUUAAAAACUUGAUGACCUCGUAAAUGACCUUGGCCUAGGCACGUUGUCAAGGUCGUUAGUUUGAAUUAUUGCCAUUUCUUUUAUGCAAAUACAAUACGUUUUUGUCUAA